AUGACACACCUUCUCUCGCAUUUGACGGUUCUUCAAGCGGCUUCUCACAAAUACCCUUUUGCAAUCGCUUUCCAGAUAGCCCGGGGAACCCCCUCUACCCCCGAGUCGAUCUCAUGGGAGCCGAUUUCUUAUCAGAGAUUUCAGCAGGAUGUUGAGAUUGCCGCUCGCUAUUGGUCUCACAAGCUGUCGGCUGAUGGUGCAAUUCCGCGGGAUGUAGUUGGUCUCUGGCUGACAGGGCUGCACUACAACGAUGUCGUCACCAUAUAUGGCGUGUCUCGUGCCGGAUACGUUCCACAGCUACUAAGCCUACGCUUGACGUGUCUGAAAGUAGUAUUCGACCUGUUGCGAGCAGCGGGGGCAAGAGCCCUAGUGAUCGAUCCCGCGUAUUCUCUUGACGCUGCCGAGAAUGUGCUGUCUUUACCUAUUCACCGUUCUUUGGCAGUCCAAUCGAUGGACGAGGAUAGCCUCGCACCGCUUGCCCCGCUUCCGGUACCAGACUCCAGGGACGAGACAGUUAUGAUAUUUCAUACCAGCGGCUCGACGGCGGGAAGCCCCAAGCUAGUCUUGUGUUCGGCUGCGUGGAUUGACAGUGUCGUCUUCAAGUCACACGAGGCGUGCGCCCCGGUUGAUCCAAAUCGGCAGGAUGUGGGCACCUGGAUCGGCAGCAUGUGCCACAUCGCCCAGAAUUUCGUCCUCGUCGGCUCAAUGGGGCACGGGUCCUGUGUGAUCCAGCCGAUGGAGCUCGCUUUCGGCGCCUCGGAGUUGAUGAUGAUGGUCACUCACUGCCGUUUGAAUCGUCUCCAUAUGUUUGCCACCGCUCUAAGUGGCCAUAUCAGAAAUUCGAGAAGCGAUAAGAAUCUGUUGGCAUGUCUCAAGCAGCUGGAUACUUUGAUGUAUACCGGACUCCCGCUGGCUGUGGAGGAGCAGCGUUUUGCAUACGAAGCAAAAAUGAAACUACUUAACAUCUUCGGUAGCACUGAAUGCAAUGGUAUGCUGAUCUCCCGCCGCUCCGGUCCGGGUGCCCACAUUCUCCGACCGCUUGCGGGAGUCGAGUACCGUUUCCAACACAUCGAAAGCGGUGAUGCCAAAGAGUGCCUUCAGGAGCUCGUCGUCUGCAAGUCCUCUCCCGAUUGCCCAUCGCCGGCUCUCGGUCGCAACCCAUCAUCUGGCGACUUCCACACAGGGGAUCUGUUCACCGAGACGGAGUCUGGCCAUUACAUCUUCCGCGGGCGCGCUGACGACUGGAUCAAGACAUGUAACGGGCUCCGCUGCGAUGCAGGUGCCAUUGAAGAGAACAUUCUUUCCGCGUGCAAGGGGCUUGUCAGCGCUUGUGUGGUGGUGGGGUGGGGACGGCCGAACCCAGCGGUGUUUGUUGAACCAGAUGGCAAUACGGAUAUGACCAACGACGACUUGAGGAAUGUGAUCGUAAGCAGGACCCGUGACUUUCAUGUCCGCAGAUAUAUGCAUGAGCGUAUCGACAGCCCGGAGUUCGUCGUGGUCGUUCAACCUGGGAGGUUGCCGAGAACCGCGACGAAAGGGAAUUUGCAGAGAAAGAUGGUGGAGCUGGAGUAUAAGGAGUUGUUGGAUGAAGUAUAUGGCGUGCAUUAGUUUCUAUGUCAUGCACUUUGUAAUCUUGAGCUCCGAUGAUUGGAAACAUGACG